CCGCUUAGACAAUGCCCCGGAGCCGCCAGACCGUCGCGCCCCCGCCCGAUCUUAGUUAAAGAGCUCUCCUACCCUGGGACCCCCUCAAAAACCAGAGCUUCCAAUCCCUGAGCAUUGAAGACUAGGACUCUCCUCUCCACCAACUCUGCUUUCGGGAGGGAGGGACCCACGCCGAGAUUGCAGCUCGGCAGGAGUGGGGGUGGCUGCAGGAGACAGGUGAAGUAAAACACGAAAACUAAGCAAUCGGCGCUGACGGAGGAGGGCGUCUGUGUGGAUGGGAUGGGGACGCCGGGGGAAGGGCUGGGCCGCUGCUCCCAUGCCCUGAUCCGGGGGGUCCCAGAGAGCCUUGGGUCAGGGGAGGGUGCGGGGGCUGGUCUCCCGGCGCUGGACCUGGCCAAAGCUCAGAGAGAGCACGGAGUGCUGGGGGGUAAACUGAGGCAGCGACUGGGGCUGCAGCUUCUAGAACUGCCUCCUGAGGAGUCGCUGCCGCUAGGACCGCUACUUGGUGACACGGCCGUGAUCCAAGGGGACACAGCCUUAAUCACGCGGCCCUGGAGCCCCGCCCGAAGGCCGGAGGUCGAUGGAGUCCGCAAAGCCCUCCAGGACCUGGGGCUGCGAAUUAUGGAGAUGGGGGACGAGAACGCGACGCUGGAUGGCACCGAUGUUCUCUUCACCGGCCGGGAGUUUUUCGUAGGCCUUUCCAAAUGGACCAAUCACCGAGGAGCUGAGAUAGUGGCGGACACUUUCCGGGAUUUCGCCGUCUCCAAAGUGCCAGUCUCGGGUCCCUCCCACUUGCGCGGGCUCUGCGGCAUGGGAGGACCGCGCACUGUAGUGGCCGGCAGCAGCGACCCCGCCCAAAAGGCUGUCAGGGCAAUGGCGGUGCUGACCGAUCACCCCUACACCUCCCUGACCCUCCCAGAUGAUGCAGCCGCUGACUGUCUCUUUCUGCGUCCUGGGUUGCCUGGUGUAUCCCCAUUCCUUCUGCACCGAGGAGGUGGGGACCUGCCUAACAGCCAGGAGGCACUACAGAAGCUCACUGAUGUCACCCUGGUACCUGUGUCCUGCUCAGAACUGGAGAAGGCGGGCGCUGGGCUCAGCUCCCUCUGCCUGGUGCUCAGCACACGCCCCCACAGCUGAGUCCUGGCCCUGGGUCCUGGUUGGCUAGGGGAAGGGUAGCAGUGAGAGUAGGAGGAGAGGAAUGUUAGAGGAUGGUGAGUAGGUAGUAGUGGGGAGAGGACCCCAAGAUGGGGGGAGGGCAUAGUGUGAGAAAAAAGAUAAGGGCCAUUGGGUGAGUCCUCUCUGUCAGAACCAAUAAAAUAGAACUGACCUUUUA